AUGGGGGAGAACCUUGACAAGGAGAAGCUUGUGGAGCUAUUUUUGAAGAUUGGAUUGGAGGAACGGACCGCGAAGAAUACUGUAGCUAACAACAAAGUCACCGCCAGUCUCACCUCCGUCAUUCGCGAGGCACAAGUAACUGAUGGCUGUGAUCGCACUGUUGGAAAUUUGAUUUAUACGGUUGCUACCAAAUUUCCUGCAAAUGCCCUUGUACACCGACCUACAUUGCUUAAAUAUAUAGUCUUAUCAAAGAUUAAAACCCCUGCACAGUUGGAAGCUGCAUUUACAUUUCUGGCUUCCAUUGCUUCUGAACCAUUGGAAGUUGAUAAAUUUGAGCAGGCUUGUGGUGUCGGAGUGGAGGUCUCUGCAGAAGAUAUAAAAGAUGCGGUUAAUGAAGUUUUUGAAGAGAAUAAGUCUACAAUCUUGGAGCAGCGUUAUCGAACUAAUGUUGGUGAACUAUUUGGUCAUAUCAGAAAGAAGCAGCCUUGGGCAGAUCCAAAGAUUGUGAAGCAACUAGUUGAUGCAAAGUUGUAUGAGCUACUUGGUGAGAAAACUGCGGAUGAUGAGAAGCCUAUCAAAAAGAAGAAAGAGAAACCUGUGAAGGAGAAAGUUUCUGCCGAGGCAACACCAACCAAACCACCAGAAGAAGAAAUAAAUCCAUAUGCCAUAUUCCCUUCACCAGAGGAAAACCUUAAGGUGCACACUGAAAUUUAUUUUAGUGAUGGAAGUGUGCGCAGACCUUGCAAUUCAAAGAGCAUCCUCGAGCGGCAUUUGCAGGUUACAGAAGGAAAAGUUAUGACUCGUUUUCCUCCAGAGCCAAAUGGAUAUUUGCAUAUAGGUCAUGCCAAGGCUAUGUUUGUUGAUUUUGGAUUGGCUAAAGAUAGAGGGGGAAACUGUUAUUUGAGAUUUGAUGAUACCAACCCAGAAGCUGAAAAGGAGGAGUACAUUGAUCAUAUUAAAGAAAUUGUAAACUGGAUGGGAUGGGAACCUUUCAAGAUCACCUACACCAGUGAUUAUUUCCAAGAACUGUAUGAGCUCGCAGUGGAGCUGAUCAGAAGAGGUCAUGCUUACGUUGAUCACCAGACACCUGAAGAAGUAAAGGAGUAUAGAGAGAAGAAGAUGGACAGUCCCUGGAGAGAUAGACCAAUUGAAGAAUCAUUGAAAUUAUUUGAUGAAAUGAAACAAGGAAGGAUUGAAGAAGGAAAAGCUACAUUGAGAAUGAAACAGGAUACAAAGAGUGAUAAUGGCAAUAUGUUCGAUCUUAUUGCUUAUCGUAUAAAGUUUACUCCUCAUCCGCACGCAGGGGACAAGUGGGUCAUAUACCCAAGUUAUGAUUAUGCGCAUUGCAUUGUUGAUUCUCUUGAAAAUAUCACUCACUCGCUUUGUACGCUUGAAUUUGAGACACGUCGAGCUUCAUAUUAUUGGUUGCUGGAUGUGCUGGGUCUUUACCUCCCUUAUGUCUGGGAGUAUUCGCGGUUAAAUGUAACCAAUACAGUAAUGUCUAAACGCAAGUUAAAUCGUCUUGUAACUGAAAAAUGGGUUGAUGGUUGGGAUGAUCCCCGGCUGAUGACUCUGGCUGGCCUACGACGUAGAGGAGUGACAUCAACUGCUAUCAAUGCUUUUGUUCGAGGAAUUGGUAUUACCAGAAGUGACUCUAGUCUCAUACGCUUGGACCGCCUUGAGUAUCAUGUCCGUGAAGAAUUAAAUAGAACAGCACCCAGGACAAUGGUCGUGCUGAAUCCACUUAAGGUAAUUAUCACAAAUCUGGAUUCAGUAAUUGAUCUUGAUGCGAAGAAGUGGCCCGAUGCUCAAACACAUGACUCCUCUUCUAGUUACAAGGUUCCAUUUUCAAACGUUGUGUAUAUUGAACGUUCAGAUUUCAGAAUGCAAGAUUCCAAAGAUUACUAUGGACUGGCACCUAAUAAAACUGUGCUACUUAGGUAUGCUUUUCCCAUUAAAUGUACUGAAGUGAUCAAGGGUGAUGAUAAUGAGUCUAUUCUUGAGAUUCGAGCUGAAUAUGAUCCUUCCAAGACAACCAAGCCAAAGGGAGUUCUUCAUUGGGUUUCGGAAUCUUCUCCUGGCGUUGAGCCAUUGAAGGUGGAGAUCAGACUGUUUGAGAAAUUAUUCCUUUCUGAGAAUCCUGCUGAAUUGGAUGAUUGGCUUGGUGAUUUAAAUCCUCAUUCUAAAGUUGUAAUCUCGGAUGCAUUUGCUGUUAGUGCGGUCCGGACGGCUAAGGUUGGAGAUAGUUUUCAGUUUGAAAGACUAGGCUACUUCACAGUUGACAAGGAUUCAACUUCCGACAAGUUAGUCUUUAACAGGACUGUUACAUUACGAGACACCUACAGUAAAAGUGGGAAGUAG